GGUCGGUGUCUAUAAAGCGGCUGAGGGCGGGAGGCGCUGUCGGCUGUCCUCCGGGGUUCGUUGCUUUCCACGCUCGGGGUCCGGUCGCGUUUGGUGCCUGAAGGAGGACACAGUGCCAGACCUGGAGACUGCCGCGCUCUGUCCUUCACACAGCUCUUUCACCAUGCCUGGGUCACUUCCUUUGAAUGCAGAAGCUUGUUGGCCCAAGGAUGUGGGAAUCGUUGCCCUGGAGAUCUACUUUCCUUCUCAGUAUGUUGAUCAAGCAGAGUUGGAAAAAUAUGAUGGUGUAGAUGCUGGGAAGUAUACCAUUGGCCUGGGCCAGGCCAGGAUGGGCUUCUGCACAGAUCGUGAGGACAUCAACUCUCUUUGCCUGACUGUGGUUCAGAAUCUGAUGGAGAGAAACAACCUCUCCUAUGAUUGCAUUGGGCGGCUAGAAGUCGGAACAGAGACAAUCAUCGACAAGUCAAAAUCAGUGAAGUCCAAUUUGAUGCAGCUGUUUGAGGAGUCUGGGAAUACAGAUAUAGAAGGGAUAGAUACAACUAAUGCGUGCUAUGGAGGCACAGCUGCAGUCUUCAACGCCGUGAACUGGAUUGAAUCUAGCUCUUGGGAUGGACGAUAUGCUCUGGUAGUUGCAGGAGACAUUGCUAUAUAUGCCACAGGAAAUGCCAGACCUACAGGUGGAGUUGGAGCUGUGGCUAUGCUAAUUGGGCCAAAUGCUCCUUUAAUUUUUGACCGAGGACUCCGUGGGACACAUAUGCAGCAUGCCUACGACUUCUACAAGCCUGACAUGCUCUCUGAAUAUCCUGUAGUAGAUGGAAAGCUCUCCAUCCAGUGCUACCUCAGUGCACUGGACCGCUGCUACUCUGUCUACCGCAAGAAGAUCCGUGCCCAGUGGCAGAAAGAGGGAAAUGAUAAAGAUUUUACCCUGAAUGAUUUUGGCUUCAUGAUCUUUCACUCACCGUACUGUAAACUGGUGCAGAAAUCUCUAGCUCGGAUGUUUCUGAAUGACUUUCUUAAUGAUCAAAACAGAGAUAAAAACAGUAUUUACAGUGGCCUGGAAGCCUUUGGGGACGUUAAAUUAGAAGAUACUUACUUCGACAGAGAUGUGGAAAAGGCAUUUAUGAAGGCUAGUUCUGAGCUAUUUAACCAGAAGACAAAGGCGUCUUUGCUUGUAUCAAAUCAAAAUGGCAACAUGUACACAUCAUCUGUGUAUGGCUCUCUUGCUUCUGUUCUGGCACAGUACUCGCCUCAGCAGUUGGCGGGGAAGAGGAUUGGAGUGUUCUCUUAUGGUUCAGGCUUGGCUGCCACUCUGUACUCUCUUAAAGUCACACAAGAUGCCACACCAGGGUCAGCUCUUGACAAAAUAACAGCAAGUUUAUGUGAUCUCAAGUCAAGGCUUGACUCAAGAACGUGUGUGGCACCAGAUGUCUUUGCUGAAAACAUGAAGCUCAGAGAGGACACACAUCACCUAGCCAACUAUAUUCCCCAGUGUUCAAUAGAUUCACUCUUUGAAGGAACAUGGUACCUAGUCAGAGUGGAUGAAAAGCACAGAAGAACUUAUGCCAGGCGCCCCUCCACAAAUGAUCACAAUUUGGAUGAAGGUGUGGGACUUGUGCAUUCAAACACAGCAACAGAGCAUAUUCCAAGCCCUGCUAAGAAAGUGCCAAGACUUCCUGCAACCGCAGCAGAAUCUGAAUCAGCUGUCAUCAGUAACGGGGAACACUAAGAGCUCUGUGGCCAGACGGCUUCACAGUGUUUGGGGCUGGGAUGGGGGAUGGAAACGGUUGAAGGAGUGGGUGUCUUGGGACAAUUUUACAGAUUACAUGUUCUUGUAAUGUAACUGAUAUGGAGCCUAGAAAACUUGUGUUUUUGGAGUCUCUGCUGAAUUUGCUAAUACACUUCCUGUUGUGCUGGCCAAUGGUGAAUGUACUGCAAUGAUGUAAAGGGCUCUGUAAAACUUCAUACCUCUCUGGACGUUUGUAUGCAUGCAGUUUAGCUUUCGAACAUGGUGUGAACUGACUGCUUCUCUGGCAGCAAGUGGAGGUACUAGUGUCUAAUUUUUAGAAAUUGGUUGGUUUUUUUGUUCUUUCUUUUUUUUAAUGUCUAAGAAUUUUAUACUUAAAUAAAAAAAAUACCUGUAGCUUUUGGAAAAACUUUUCUAGGUUGGGGAUUGUGAAAUUUAAAUGUUACGCACAAACCCUGCUUGAAAAUUGCAAGGUAGGCAUUCUCUUUUCUGAAGAUUUGUAAAUCCUGACGAGGGAAAAGGGCUGUGGCUCUAGAAUCUGAUGACCAUCAGUGAGGAAGGUUAAGGUUAACUGCAAUCACGUGAGCAGAAAGAUGCAGGCCUCCAUCACAGCCAGUAGGUUCACCUGGAUGCUGUGGGCAUGGCUGUGGGAGCUGCUUCUGGCCAGGUCACACCCAGCAGCACUGAGCUGGUGUGAGGAGGCUUGCUGCAGUCCUGAGCACCUCACCCAUGAGGAUAAGUGUAAAGGAGGGAGGAUGGGACAGGGACAGGCAUACUAGGCUACAGUGUUACAGAUACAGUUAAUGGACUGACAUCCUAAAUUCCCAGGACACCUUUUUUCCUUUGUGGUUUGUGUAUUUUUGUGUUUUGUUUGUUUUUGUAUUUGUUCAAUGGAAACAAAAAAAAUUAACCCACAUUUUCACAUAAUCUGACUAGCCAAAAGGAAUAUUCACUUUAAGAUCUAGAAGUAGAAGUUCUAAUGUUUUUUCCUAAACUUUUCACUUUAAAAACAACAAAAACUACCACAUGAGAUAAAUAAGAAAAUUCAUUAGACAGUUCUCUGGGUGAUUUUGGUGCUGAACAAUGACAUGAGCCUCAUGUCAUUAUAGAUUAUAAACUAGAGAUAGUUGGAACUAAUGUACAGAACUAAAUUUUUUAAACUUUAUUUGCUGUCCAAUUCUGUGAAGUUUCAGUUAUCUAAAACACAUGAGUGUGUGAUGUUUCAGAUUGCAAGCUGAUAUGUAAUGUAGUAUUUGUAAGAUAUUCUUGUCAAUAUUAACUAGUAGGAUUUUGAUUUGUACAGUUUUAAUUUGUUUAAAUGAUUUCAUUGUAACAUUCACUGCUAUAGAUGAAUAAUGUAAGUUCAGAUUUAAAGAAUGGUGGGGAAAUGGUGCAUGUAAUCCUUUUGCAAGUACUGAGAGUUCUGUAUGUUUUGAAAAGAGUAAUUUAAUGUUUGGGUGCCAAGAAGUGGGUUUUCUCAGAGUCCAUUGCCGGCAAUGGGCAAGCCUGGCAACACUGGCACUGAGCAUUAACAGUACACCUUACUAAUAGUAAGGUGAAUAACUUUGAAAUAAAGUUUUAGACAAAUAUUUCA